UGUAAAUCGGUCAGUCAAGCCAGCCGCAUCGAAUGAUUUGCGAAGAUCUAUCGAUGAGACCCAUUGGUCCUCAAAAUGCCCGCACCAUCCCUUGUGCUCAAGGCAUCUUCCGUCAAAUCAUAGCCAUAGCCUUGAAAUUGCUGCUGCGCACCCCUCGUUGUCAUGACUUCGCCCAUUGAAGACCGGAACAUCAUCCUAUUGGGCCUAUCUCAGCAUGGAAAGUCAGCGUACUUGAAUCAGCUCCUGGUGACACAAAAAAGUGCUUCGCCGCAGUGUGCAAUUGGAAAGGGGUAUGAGCGCUGCACAACAGAACCUCAGUUGGUUGAACUCCAUCCCCCGCAAAGGCCAACGCAGAUCUUGGCAACUGAUGCAUUGCCGGAACCGCCAGAGACUCUUUUGUACCAAUGUUUGGCAUCUCUUCAAGGUCAUGCGGAUUUGGCUGAGAAAAAGCCAGAAGGUGAGGCGUUGCUACGAAUGCAGCGCAGAAUGUGGGAGUGGUUGUCCAAGCUUCGGCCAGGCUUGGUUUUGUCGUACAGCGCGAAUGUCAGGUUUUCCCACCCUCUUGCCACCUCGAGCCCUGAGGUCCAGCCUGAAUGCGCUGGAGAAAAUGCCGUUUGCCUUUUCCGCAAACGCUGUCUCACCAAUCUGCUCCCGGAGAGAUUUGUCAUGGCUGACUUGCUCAACUACGCUGACCCUGUGACCAAAAGGUUGUUGCAAUCGAAAGAAACCAAAGCCAAAAGGAAUCAGGGAGCAGAGCAAGAGUUGCGCAUCAAAGCCCUGGACACUCCUGGCUUGGAAGAUUCUCAAGGGAAAGAUGAUGAGAAUGUGUUGAAGAUCAUCGAUGCUGUCUCCAAGAUGGGGUCCUUGACAGCCAUUGUGAUCGUUUGCAGGUUCGACGCUCCACCAGCUGAAAAUUGGAAGCAGCAUGUCCUUCGUUAUUGGAAGCUGUUUCCUAUGUUGCAGGCCCAAUGGAUAGUUGUGCACACCCGUGCAGACCCUUUUUCUUCCUACACAGACCGCGAAGAUUCUUCAUUUGAGCAGACAUGCCAGGAACGCAGGGAGCUUGUGGAUCAAGCCAUCCGAGAAGUCACUCAGGAUGACAGGUUUGAAGCUGCCCACAUCUUCGUAGAGAACAACAUCAAAGACAACCAGGUCCUCAAAGCUUACUUUGCACAUCAGCAGAACACCUUGAGCUCUCUCAUUGCUACCUUUCAACCCAUCCCAAUUGAGAACCUCCGUUUUCAGAAGGGCAAGGACUUGAAUAGCCUGGACCAAACUUUGCUUGCAGCUUUUGAGGCAGAGAUCGACACGGUAGUCAAGACCUUGGAAGAUGUUAAGCAUGAGACUGCUGCGAUUUUGAAGCUUCAGGAGUUAAACUUUCAGGAAACAAAGGACAUUCGCUGCACUCUAAAUGGCAUCGACCAGAAAUUGAAGGACAUAGACCAUCAUGGGCCUGUCGUGACAGCCUCGAAGUACCUCAGUGCACCUUGGGGCUUUUUUUGGAGCCCCGAAGCUUCUGCAAACUUGAAUCCUGAUCGCCCAGAUGCUGUUCUGGAGAUUGAAGACUUCACGGGCUAUGAUGGAAAGUAUUUGAAAAGGAAGUGCGAGGACGUGAAGAAUGUCUUGCCAGACGGUCGUGUUGAACUCAGGGUCUCCUUGCACGUGCCACAUUUUUUCACACGCUUGGAAGCCAGAGUGAAGACGACUGGCCCCAGCAAUGUUGUGAAGGCCAAGGACAUUGAAGAACUCAAAAGCGAGCAGAAGAAAUUUGCACAAAAGCUGGAAGAACUUGAAGCCCAACAAGAGAAGACAAUGGCAACAUAUCAAUACAGGUGUGAAAGGAAUUAUACACUUGAGAAAAGACAUGCAGAAGUGGUGGAUUUGCGGCUCUUCCUGAUGUCCGAGUGGUCUAUUGGCACCUACAAGUCUUUCCAUCAGUUCUACCAGGAGGCAAAAAGUCUUGAUCAUCAAGAUCAUCGUGAUGUCAAAGAAAAAUUUGAAAAGAUUUGGAGGGAAACUCACAGAGGGUCCCGGAGUGACAAAGAAUCCAGGAAUACCCAGCAGUGCAGCUGAGCUGCAAAGCAGCGCUGGCCGAGAAUUUUGUUAGAAAACCUUAAUGGACUUUGAGGGAAGCUCAAAGAGGGGUCCAAGAAUGACAAGGGAUCCAGGAAUGCCCAGCUGCAAAGCAGCGCUGGCCGAGAAUUUUCGUCACUAAUGUGUCGGACAUGAAUGAGAUUGCGCGAAUCGUUGCUUGGAAA